UUUUUCGCAGUAUUUUGUUGAGAUUUGAAACGAAUGUUGCCAGCAAAAAACCUAGAUAAGAUCGUGGUGCAAUCCACCAACGCGGAACGGGAGAAGGCGAACCCGGCGCUGGUGGAGGUGGAGCAGACGUGGCGCGGGCAGAAAUGGGUCGCGGAGAUGAUUCCCGAGUGGCGAGUGUACUACGUUUCGUAUGACACGUUUGCCGACCUACUCACCGAAGUGGAGCGGGACCCGCAGCACGCCACCGAACGUUUUCUGCAGGAGUUGCAGAGUGCGAUUCUGCGCUUUGUGCAGUUCUACGUGUACCGCGAAGGCGUCAUCCUCGACAGUUUGAAGCGGUGGACCGCGCGGGAAAGCGAGGCGGAGGUGAAGGCGGAGACGUCGCACGUGGUGGAGAUCGCCGGGCGAGAGGGUGGGUCGAGCCGUGUGUCCCUCGGUGCCUCGCGGGCCGCCGGGCCGCUCGGGUGGGACCGGGACGAGACCUACCAGCAGGCGGACAAAAGCAACAGCAAAACCGCGCCACUCACGGACAUCGAGUCGGAGAGCAUCGUGCGCCGAAACAUCGCGCGUAUAGACCGCUUGAUUCUGUUCGCGAAAGUGAACACGGAGGCGAUCCGGCGGAUUCUGCGGAAGUUCGACCUGCUCGUGGACGCCAACGAGCAACUGCAGAAACGGCUCGAGACCGUCCGGAGCAAGAAGCAGAAGGACCACGCGAAGCCGGGGUCGCCAAGUUCGCCAAGAGGGGUGAAAAUCUACAGUCCGCUGGAGACCGACACGAUGGUGGCUUUGGCGGACACCCGGGCCGGGUCGGCCUACCUGCGCUGGCACCCGAUCAAAUUGAUCCUGUCCCGCGCGUUCGAUUACUCCAACGACGGGGAAGCGGGCGAACCGCUCACGGUCAAGCGGCGGUGGAGCAACGUGGGCAAGGCAUUUCUCGGGUCGCACUCGUUCGGUUCCGAAUCGAAUUUGAACGACCCGCUGCUCGACAACGACGACGACGACAAAUUGCCACCCCUGAUGAAAUUGGGUGCGAAGAUGAGCGGUAAUAAAAGCACUGACCUGGCGAAGACCCUUGGCAGCAUACCAGAUGACGACCUCGGAGCAGGCAACGACCUCAAAAACCAAGCCGUCACGACGCCGAGGUCGAAAUCCCUCUGGCGGCAAGCAACGGGCAAACUGACGAGCUUGCUGUCCAGAGAAACGACUUCCAAGGACGGCACGGGAAAGAAGCAAAAGAAGAUCGUUAUUGGCAAGGUCAUCAGCCAUACGGACCGCCACCGCGUCGUAGCUGCGCUCCAGGGACUCGAGGACUCCCCGCAGAAACAAAAGGAAAGCCCGUCUCUACUCACGGUAUUGAUUUGUGAAGGAUCCAGUUUUUUUUUCUCCUUACGUUUGGUUUACUCACUUUCAGGUUCGAGGGAAAUAUGUACACGAACGGAACAGCACGCGACAUGGUGUGUUUAGUGCAGAAGUUGCAGAUGGUGUGCCACAAGAUUUAUUGAAGCAAAGCACAAAAGAAAUUCAAGUCACUUUCUGAUCAUGUGCCCCUAAAAUCAAUUCCAGGUCGUGCAAAUCCUGGACCGGAACCUGGUAAGCGAGCGUCGCAGCAUCGAUGCGGAUGCGGUUAUCGUGGAUCAGGACGGCGGGGAUUCCGACGCCGAGGAAGCGGGAUUUGCGAAGUCCCAGGCGGCGUUGGCCUUGGAAGACGAGGAGGACGAGAGUAUGUGGGAGACGAUUGGGGCGGAAUUAAUCAAUGCGAACACAGGGUUUGCGAUCGUGGCCGCGGCGGUGAUGUACGAGUGUUGGCGCGUGGAGUUUUUUCCCUUGUUCACCGAGAACGCGGAUGUGGUCCCCACGUGGCAGCCGUAUUUGGUCAUCUGGGUGACUGCGAUCGUGCUGAACCUGCUCGUGCAGGGCAAGGACAGCGACAUCGUGCUUGUGAUCGCCACCUUGUUUCUCUGCUUGUGCCAGGUGCUGGACCUGGACAAGGCGUGGGCCGGGUUCAGCAACCAGGUGGUUCUGUCCGUCGCGGUGCUCGGCGUGGUCGCGCAGGGGGUCGAGCGGGCCGGGGCGGUGGAGAAGAUCUUCAUCUUUCUGCUCGGAAGGCCAAAGGGUUUUAAGAUGGCCACGCUCCGGCUGAUGGUGCCCGCGAUUGUGAUGAACAUUGGCAUGUCGAACACGGCGAACAUGAGCAUUUUGAUGCCGAUCUUGGAGAAGUGGUCCUUGGACAUCGGGAUUUCGAAAAACAUGUUUCUGAUGCCCUUGUCCUUCAUCUUGCUGAUCUCCGGUACGGUCGCGAUUUUCGCAACUUCGUCCAAUUUGAUUGCGCAGGGCCUAAUGAUCAAGUCCGGCCAAGUGCCCUUCACGACGUUCGAGAUCGCGCCGGUCGCGAUCGCCGCAACCGUGGUCGCGUUGCUCUGCGUCUUCAUUUUGAUGGAGUGCCUCUUCCCGGACCUCCAGAGCCACGAGGAAACGGGUAAGGAGGAGGAGGAGAACGCCGUACAGCCGGAUACGCCGACUAUGGCCCAGUUCUUGGAAAGUCCGAAAAUGAACACAGCUCUUGGCCAGCCGUUGCUUGAAAACGGUGUUUCGAAGAGCACCGCUGGCGAGAACCCACAGGACGACAGAGCACCAGGACAGGCGACCGAGGCCGCGACGAAGAAGAUUCAGGCGAGGAAGCAGCGGCGCAAGGACACGAAGCGGUACGUGGUCAGCGUGCAGCUCGUGAGUCACGCGUACGUGGGGAAGGGGCUGAAAGAUGUGGACUUUUUGGACGGACAGCUGGGAUGUGAGGCGAUCGCGGUGGAGAGGUUCGGGCAGGUGAAGGACGUUUCCGAGCCGAAUUUCGCGUUUCAGUUUUACGACGUGGUGAUCCUGUACACCAGCAGUCUGCAGAUUCUCGCCAUACACCACAACCCGGCGCUGUCGAUCAUCACGCGCGACAUCGGCGACCCGAUCCAGUUCCGGGCGAGCGAGAACAUGGACGUGUGCGAGGUCGUGCUGGACGCCUCGUGCGCUCUGAUUGGGCAGCGCAUGUGUCUGAACCGCGACGUGCGGAAGAGGUAUGGUGCGCACGUGCUCGGAGUGCGGCCGUUGUCUCUGACGGACUCCUUGCGUGGGGCUUUGUCGGUGAAUUACGACCCGAGGAGGGUGCGAAGGGGCGUUUUGGAUUACACCGUGGCGGAGAUGGGUGGGCGGAAGUACGCGCUUGGUGACACGCUGGUCCUGUUCGCCGCUUCUGGUUUUUCCGACCGCCAUUGGAAGUCCAACGAGUUCUUCGGCGUGCGCACGGUCGUCGACGAAGAGGAGGAAGCGGCGCGCGAGGCCGCGGAGCGCGCGAGACAGGAGCAGGAGGGAACGAAGCAGAGCGACGACGAAGUGUCGAUGGUGAAGCAAAUUGCCUCGCUGGUGAUUCUGCUCUGCAUGGUGGUGUGUGUGUCGACCAACACCUUACCGCUCUUAACCGCGUGCAUGUCCGCAGCAGUCGCGCUCACCUACACGGAUUGCAUGUCGAAGGAAAUCGCUUUGAAAGCGAUCAAGAUCCGCACGGUUCUGACGAUUGUCGGCGCUUUCGGACUCGGGGACGCGAUUGGCCAGACGAAAGUCGCGUUUCUGCUGGCUUCGUACGUGACGCAGGCCAUGGCUCCGUUCGGCGCUCCUGGUCUGCUGGCCGGGAUAUUCCUGGUGACUGUCAUGUUGGGGAUUGUUUUCCACGCGACGGCCGUGGUUAUCCUCAUGUUCCCAGUCUGUUUGGACUCGGCACAUGCAUUGAACGUCCCAGUGCACCAAGCCGUGUGUAUUCUGAUGAUUGGCGCCGGCUGUCAGAUGCUGUCACCGGUCUCGUACCAAACAAAUCUGAUGGCAUUUUCAGCAGGAGACUACUCUUUCAACGAUUUCCCGAAGCUUGGGUUGCCAAUAGU